AUGUCAUCAUCUUCAAGACCCACUGUUAACGAUAAUCAGCUAAAAAAAUUAUUGUCAGUUAAUUCAAUUCAACAUAAACGCGGUGCUGAAUCAGUAUUAAAACCAAUUGAAUCAAUCAAUAAAGAAAAAAUUAUGCUUUUGAUGCGUGAAUGUUUAAAGAAUGAUUCAAUUCAGAAGGAAAUUACGAAUAUAGUCAAAAUUAAUGACGAUGACGUUGAAAAAUCAAUCGAAAAAUCAACAGAUCAAAUCUUACUUAAAGCAGUAUUGAAUGAAAUCAAUGAUCGCUUAAAUAUAAUUAAUCAACAAAUACAGGAAUAUUAA